UCUCAGAUGAAGAAAUUGAAUUUGAUAUUGCCCUUAUUGAUAACCAAACAAAUAUGAAUUUCAUGAAACCUAAAAGGAUGACUAAGUUUGACAAAAGUCAAAACAUACAUCACAAUUGUAGCUCUGGGAUAAAAGAUUGCACCAAUGAACAUACACAAUCAGACAAUGAUAGCCAAACAAAACAUGACACACCAAUCCAAGACUUUUCACAAGGCAAUUCAAAACCAAAAAAUGAGAGAAUAUCGAUAUCGAAACAGAAAAGGCCAAGAAUAUUGCGACCACCAACUUUUAAACUUAAAACACACCCUGAAGAAUUUUACUAUGAACAGUUAAUGAUUUAUGUACCAUUUAGAGAGCAAAAUACAUACAAAAACCUACAGCAAGACUAUAGUGACAACAUAGGAUGCAUUAAAGAAGAAAGAGAAAAAGUCUUCCCAUUUUAUGAUGAAGCUGAAAAAAUUGAAACAAUAAGUCAUACUUUUCCUGGCCUGCAGUCAGACUGAGAUUGACAAUGAUGAAAGUGAUACUGAAAACACAAGAACAGUUUAUGACUCAAUUUACCCUGUUGUAACAGAAAACUUUCAUUAUGAUAUU